CAAUGAGUACGCCAGAUCAUUCAGAUGGUCUCCUCUCCUCCUCUGAAACUUGUUUUUGAGAAGACCCAACUUGAACGAUAAGCUAACAAUAACUGAACUUCAUUUGGAUUCCGUUCAUGAACCAAGGGUCUGACGGACAUUCAUAGUUUCGUUUUUGACCGGACGUUGGGAUGGAGGAGCGAACCGUGCGUCUCCGUAAUGGAGCACAGAUGCCCCGGAUCGGUCUGGGUACAUGGAAAUCGCCCGCUGAAGUGACCAAGCAAGCCGUUCAAGCUGCUGUACGGGCCGGUUAUCGAUUGAUCGAUUGCGCCAAUGACUAUGAUAACGAGCACGUCAUUGGCGAAGCUCUCAAGGAGCUUUUGGAUCAGGGUGAGGUCAAGCGUGAAGAACUCUUCAUCCAAGCCAAGUUGUGGAACUCCAAUCAUCGACCGGAGCACGUUCGACCAGACUUGGAGGCCACCUUGAAGGAUCUCCAAUUGGACUAUGUAGACUCUUUCGUGAUCCAUUGGCCUAUGGCUGUGCCCAGCUCGGGCCAAAAAGUGGCCCUCCGCCCGGACGGAUGUUACCCUGCUCAUUUUUCCCAGGGCACCUUGUUCCCUCUUGAUGAUGAAGGUUACUACGCAUCCGAUGAUGCGUCCCAUUUCAUCGAGACGUGGUACGCCAUGGAAGAUCUCGUGGACGAGGGCCUGACCAAGUCCAUUGGACUGUCCAAUUUCAAUAUGAAACAAGUGCGGGAGGUCUUGGAGAAGGCUAAAAAGCAUUUGCCUAGCGUGGUCCAAAAUGAGAGCCACCCCUACCUUCAGGAGAGAGACUUCCGAGCCUUCUGCCGGAUUAACGGGAUCGUGUUCCAGGCCUAUAGUGCCCUGGGAUCAGCAGACAGACCGUGGCGUCAUACGGGGUCCAUUACCUCUGGGGCACCAAGCACUGGUCAUGAAGUUUUGGACCAUCCAAUCUUGAGGGAUAUUGCGCAACGGCUGGGACGAUCCGUGGCUCAUGUUGUUCUGAGAUGGCAUCUGCAGAUCGGGGGUGCUGCCGUCUGCAAAUCUGUCACGCCCUCACGCAUUCAGGAAAACAUUAAGCUGUGGGACUUCGCCCUAGCCCCUGAGGACAUGGAUCAGAUCUCGAAUCUAAAUGUAGGGUGGCGCCAUCUGUUGUGGGCCGAGACUUCAAUGCACAACGACUAUCCCUUCAAGGAUUGGCUCCCAUCUGAUUACAAGCUGGAAAAGCCAAGUGCUGGUUCAACUGCAGGGGCCAAAUAAAAAGCGCUACGCUUGAUUAAUAAAAAAGGCAUCCAAUCACUUUUAGACAUA